AUGCCCGGCGCGCGCGACGGCGGCGCCGAGGCCGCGGCGCGGUACCGACAGUACGAGUACAAGGCGAACGCGUCGUUGGUGCUGGAGAGCGAUCGACGCGGGCGACCGCGGGGCGAACCCACGGGCGCGCCGGAGUCGCUCGAGGGAAAGAUCGACGCGUCGCGGUUCGGAGAUCGAGCGCGAGGCGGGACGGACGGUGAUUUCGCGGAAAAACGGGAGCGAGCGGCGAGACGAAGGGCGGAAAAACGAGCGAGAGGGGACGCGGGGGAGGCGGAGGCGUUCGGGAAGCGCGGCCGAGCGACGAAGGGGGCGAGCGUUCUGGGAGGGAGUGAGUAUGGGUUGUAUAAACCGAAGACGCGGGAAACGCGGGCGGCGUACGAGGGGUUGUUGAGCGUGUUGCAGGGAGUGUUCGGAGAUCAACCGCAGGACGUCAUGCGCGGCGCGGCGGAUGAGGUUUUGGCGGCGCUGAAGGAGGAGGGGAAGACGGAACGCGCGAAACAAAAGGACGUCGAGGCGUUGAUGGGGACUUUAACUUCGGAGAGAUUCGCGCAAAUUACCGCCAUCGGGAAGCUGAUCACGGAUUUCUCUAUUCCAGGUGAAGGUGGCGAAGGCGCGGGCGAGGAGUUGGACGACGACAUCGGCGUCGCCGUGGAGUUUGAAGAGGAAGAAGAGGAAGACUCGGACGUGGACGAGGUGUUAGAGGCGUCCGACGUAGACGACGACGACGAAGGCGACGAAGGCGCGUACGACGGCGCCGUGGGCGCGAGAGCAGUCGAGGAUGAGUACACGCCGAACGCGGACCACGGGUUGAAUCCGGCGGACAUCGACGCGCACUGGUUGCAGCGCGCCAUCUCGAAAGCGUUCGGGUUUACGGACUCUGACGCCGCGGAGAGCUUGAAGCUGUCCGAAGACGUAUAUCAGGUGUUGUCCACCGAAGAUGACCGCGAGUGCGAAAAUGCGCUCGUGUCAAUGCUCGAUUACGACAAGUUUGAUUUGAUCAAAGUGCUGUUGAAGAACCGACUCAAGGUGUUUUGGUGCACAAGACUCGCUCGAUCCGCGAGCGAGGAAGAAACCGCGAACAUCGAGGCGCAAAUGAAAGCCGAUCCGGCCGCUGCUGGGAUUUUAGCGUCCAUGCGCGCGACGCGCGCGUCCGCACGCGAUCGACAGACGGCGACGGAGCAAAAGAUUCGCGAAGAGGCUCGCAAGCUUCGCGGCGAAGUCGCGGAGAUGCGAACUCAAGGCGGCGCCGCUGCGGCUGGACGUCAGCUUUUGGAGCUCGACGCGCUUGCCUUCGUGCAAGGUUCGCAUUUUAUGAGCAACAAGCGAUGCGAGCUUCCGCCCGGUUCGUUUAGAAGCGCCAAAAAGGGUUACGAAGAAGUACACAUACCGGCGCUCAAACAGCCACCGUUCAACGACGACGAAGCGCUCCGUGCGAUUGAAGAAAUGCCAGAGUGGGCGCAACCUGCGUUUGAGGGCAUGAAGACGUUGAAUCGCAUUCAGAGUCGCGUGUACGAAUGCGCAUUGCUUUCGCCAGAGAACAUGCUUCUCUGCGCGCCGACGGGCGCGGGUAAGACGAACUGUGCGAUGUUGACUAUUUUACAUGAAGUUGGUCUUCACCGUCGUCGUGACGGGAGCGUCGAUACGUCUGCGUUUAAGAUCGUGUAUGUUGCGCCGAUGAAAGCUCUCGUCGCAGAAAUUGUGGGCAACUUGAGUAAUCGUUUGAAGACCUUUGGGAUCCAAGUGCGAGAAUUGACGGGCGACGUUUCGCUGAGUAAGGCUGAAAUUGAAGCCACGCAAAUCAUCGUUACCACGCCAGAAAAAUGGGAUAUUAUCACUCGAAAGUCUGGUGAUCGCGUGUACACGCAGCUCGUCAAGCUUAUCAUCAUCGAUGAAGUCCAUCUCUUGCACGACGACCGCGGUCCCGUGCUCGAAUCCAUCAUCGCGAGAACGGUGCGACAAGUUGAGACGACGCAAGAAAUGGUCCGUUUAGUCGGUCUUUCUGCAACGCUGCCAAACUUCGAGGACGUUGCGACGUUUAUGCGAGUAAACCCUGAGAAGGGGUUGCACGUUUUUGACAACUCGUACCGCCCGUGUCCUUUGCAGCAGCAAUACAUCGGCGUCACGGUGAAGAAGCCGUUGCAGCGAAUGCAACUCAUGAAUGAAAUUUGCUACGAAAAGGUGAUGGAAAGUGCGGGCAAGAGUCAAGUACUCGUAUUCGUACACAGUCGUAAGGAUACGGCGAAAACCGCGAAAGCUCUUAGAGAUUUGGCGAUGGAGAACGAGACUCUAGGAAAGUUGAUGCGUGACGAUUCGGCGAGUCGUGAAAUUUUACUCACCGAAGCCGAGACGGUGAAGAGCUCCGAGCUGCGUGAUUUGCUCCCGUACGGGUUCGCCAUACACCACGCCGGUAUGAGUCGCGCUGAUCGUACAUUAGUAGAGGAGCUCUUCGGCGACGGUCACGUGCAAGUGCUCGUCUCCACGGCGACGCUCGCGUGGGGGGUCAACCUGCCCGCGCACACCGUGAUCAUCAAGGGCACGCAAGUGUACAACCCCGAAAAGGGUGGUUGGGACGAGCUUAGUUUCCAAGACGUCAUGCAAAUGAUGGGUCGUGCGGGUCGGCCGCAGUUUGACACGUUCGGCGAAGGUAUCAUCAUCACGCAACACUCCGAGUUGCAGUACUACCUGUCGCUGUUCAACCAACAGCUCCCCAUCGAAUCUCAAUUCGUCAAGCAGCUCGCCGACGCUUUGAACGCCGAAAUUAUUCUCGGUACGAUUCAAAACGUUCGUGACGCGGUGAUUUGGUUAGGGUACACGUAUUUGUUUGUUCGCAUGUUGCGAAACCCAACGUUGUAUGGCGUGUCGGUGGAUGCUGUCGAGGACGACCCCGUGCUCGAACAGCGAAGGUCAGAUUUGAUUCAUACUGCUGCGGCGCAACUAGAUAAGAGUGGCCUUAUUCGCUACGAUAGGCGAAGCGGUGCAUUACAAGGCACUGACUUAGGUAGAAUUGCUUCAACGUACUACGUCUCUCAUGGCACGCUCAUGGCAUUCAAUCAACACUUGAAGCCUACGAUGGGCGACAUCGAGCUGUGUCGUCUAUUCUCUCUCGCCGAGGAGUUCAAGUAUAUUAGUGUGCGGGAGGAAGAAAAGAUGGAGCUGUCAAAGCUCGCUGAGCGAGUGCCAAUUCCAGUGAAAGAGUCGAUCGAGGAACCGACGGCGAAGAUAAACAUUCUUCUCCAGGCGUACAUCAGUAACAUGCGCCUCGAUGGGUUUGCGCUCAUGUCCGACAUGGUUUACGUGACGCAGAGCGCAGGUCGCAUCUUGCGUUGUAUUUUCGAAAUCGUACUCAAGAAGGGUUGGUCGCAACUCGCUGAGAAGUCAUUGGCGCUGUGUAAGAUGUGUGCUCGCAGAACGUGGGCUUCACAAACGCCGCUGCGUCAGUUCUCCGCUAUACCUGUGGACGUCUUGCAAAAGAUUGAACGAAAAGAUUUAGCGUGGGAUAGGUAUUACGACUUAAGUAGUCAAGAAAUUGGCGAGCUUAUGCGAGCGCCAAAGCUCAGUAAGGCUUUGCAUAGAUUCAUUCAUCAGGUUCCUCGAUUAGAGCUCUCGGCGCACGUGCAGCCGAUCACGCGAAGCGUGCUCAAGGUGGAUUUGAACAUCCAACCGGACUUCAUUUGGGACGAAUCUGUACAUGGGUACGUCCAGGGCUUCUGGAUCAUUGUGGAAGAUAACGAUGGCGAAAAUAUCUUACAUCACGAGUACUUCUUACUCAAGGGGCAUAACGCGGAAGAAGAGCACGGAGUGUCAUUCACGGUGCCUUUGUCCGAUCCACUGCCACCGCAGUAUUUCAUUCGCGUCGUCAGCGACAAUUGGUUGGGAAGCGACACGGUGAUUCCGGUUUCGUUCAAGCACUUGAUGUUACCCGAGAAGAAUCCACCGCCAACGGAGCUUCUGGACUUGCAGCCCUUACUCGUGAGCACUCUCAAAGCAGAUGGCUACGACGAGCUUUACGCCGGUCGGUUCACGCACUUUAACCCGAUUCAAACCCAAGUCUUCCAAUGCCUGUACAACACAGAUGAAAACGCCCUCGUUGGUGCACCGACGGGGAGCGGGAAGACGGUAUGCGCGGAGUUUGCGAUCAUGCGAUCACUUAUGACGAAUCAGGAUGGACGUUCCGUGUACAUGGCGCCGACGGCGACGCUUGCUGAUGAACGAUACGACGACUGGAGCUCGAGAUUUGGGGCGCUUGGCGUCUCCGUCACCAAGCUCACGGGUGAUACGACGGCGGAUCUGAAAUUGUUAGAAAAGGGACAAAUCGUCAUCACCACACCGCAACAGUGGGACGUCAUAAGUCGUCGAUGGAAACAGCGAAAGAACGUACAAACGGUGUCGCUGUUUAUUGCGGAUGAACUUCAGCUCAUAGGCGGUUCCAACGGUCCGACGAUCGAAGUCGUCGUCUCGCGUAUGCGUUACAUGUCGAGUCAACUGGCGAAACCUGUCAGAGUGUUGGGUUUGUGUACCUCGUUAGCAAACGCUCGCGACUUGGGCGAAUGGAUCGGUGCGAGUUCUCACGGCACGUUCAACUUUUCUCCGGGCGUUCGCCCAGUGCCACUCGAGAUCCACUUCCAAGGCGUAGAUAUCAUCAACUUUGAGGCGCGAAUGCAGGCCAUGGCGAGACCAGUGUAUGGGGCGAUUGCGAAUCAUUGUCGUCGAUCGGAGCCGUCGAUUGUCUUCGUGCCUACGCGUAAGCACGCGAAGUUGGCGUCUCUCGACUUGCUCGCGUUUGCCGCUGCGGAGGGCGAGCCGGGUCGGUUCUUACAAGUUGAAGAAGGUGAUCUCGAGCCUUACUUGGCGCAAAUAUCUGAUGAGUCUGUACGCCAUGCCCUGACGUUUGGCGUCGCGCUUAUUCACGAAGCCAUGAGCGAAAAGGAGCGAAAGGUUGUCGAACGAGUGUUCGCCGUCGGUGCGGCGUCUGUGCUCGUCGCCACUGCGCCCCUGGCUUGGGGACUCACGACUCCCUGCAAGCUCGUGGUCAUCAUGGGGACGCAGUACUACGACGCCGGGGGUGCUGGUGCGGCGGAUUAUCCAGUGACGGAUCUUCUUCAAAUGAUGGGCCGUGCAUCCAGACCUGGCAUCGACGAUGCCGGUGUGUGUUUACUCUUGUGUCACGCGCCGAGGAAGGAAUACUACAAGAAGUUCCUCUUCGAACCGUUCCCUGUCGAGUCGCACCUCGAUCACUUCUUGCACGAUCCCAUGGUGGCUGAAAUUGUCACGCGCACGAUCGAAACGAAGCAAGACGCCGUGGACUACAUCACGUGGAGCUUCUACUACAGGCGACUGACGCAGAACCCGAACUACUACAAUCUCACCGGCGUUUCGCACCGCCAUCUUUCCGACGCUCUUUCCGAGCUCGUCGAAACGACUUUGGGUGACUUGGAGGCGAGCAAAUGUAUCAGCAUCGAGGACGAUAUGGAUUGCGCUCCACUGAACCUCGGGAUGAUUUCCGCGUACUACUACAUCACGUACACGACGAUUGAACUCUUCGCCGCUUCGCUCACGGCGAAGACCAAACUGAAGGGUUUACUUGAAAUCGUUGCCGGUGCGACUGAAUUCGAGUCCUUUGCCGUCAGACCGGGCGAGGCAGAUAUGCUUCGACGCAUACUCAACCACGCGCCGAUCACGUUAUCAAGCAAUAAAACCACGGAUCCGCAUGUCAAGGUCGCCGCUCUUCUCCAGGCAUACUUUGGCCGAACGAGCAUUCACGGCGACUUUACGCAAGACUUGCAAAAGAUUUUGCCCGACGCAACGCGCCUGCUCCAAGCUAUGGUCGAUGUCAUCUCAUCUAACGGAUGGCUCGGCCCCGCGCUCGCCGCGAUGGAGCUUUCGCAAAUGAUGGUGCAAGGCAUGUGGGACAAAGACCCAGCAGUGAUGCAGUUGCCGCACAUCGACCAAGAGACCGGCGAGCGAUGUGUCACGGCUGGCAUCGAGGGUGUCUACGACUUGAUCGAUAUGGAAGAUGACGCGAGGCGCGAUAUUUUACAACUCAGCGAUGAGCAGCUCGAAGACGUGGCGGAAGCAGCGAAUCGUUACCCGAGCAUUGAAGUAGCAUUCGACGUCACUGACCCCGACGACGUCACCGCGGGCGACGCAGUGGAGAUCGUCGUCAACCUCGAGCGCGAGAUCGAGGGCGAAAUCGGUCCAGUUUUUGCGCCGCGAUAUCCAGGGCGAAAGGAAGAAGCUUGGUGGCUCGUCGUCGGUGACGUGAGAAAAGGCACCUUGCACGCUAUUAAGCGCAUCACGCUCGGCAAGAGGCAAAAAGUCAAGCUCGAGUUCGCGGCGCCGGAACAAGUGGGCAAGGCGGACUUGACUUUGUACUUUAUGUGCGAUUCCUACCUCGGAUGUGAUCAGGAGUACGAAUUUACCCUCGACGUCAAGGAGGGAGAGGACGAGAGCGAUGACGACGCGAUGAAACCGUGA